ACGCAGCAACCUCCACUGUAAUAAAGUUUGUCUACUCUUCUUCAAUCUCUAACAACAACUGUUGCUUUUAUCGGGUUAUCCACGACCACUACGUUCACGGUUCACCUUCCAUCUCAGUUCUACUAAGCUAGCUUUGUACUUGGUGGGGGUGUUUUUUGGUGGCAAAUUGGAUAUUGGAUUGGAAUAAAGAGAUGGCCCAGAUGGGAAACUAUAUUGGUCUUUCUCUUGUUCUUAUGUGCUCGAUUUGGAGCUUUUCAGAGCUUUGUAAUUGUGGAAUAACAAGUAGCUAUGUAAGGAAUGAUGACUUAUCUCUGGAUAUGCCAUUAGACAGUGAUGUGUUCAGAGUGCCUCCUGGCUACAAUGCGCCUCAACAGGUCCAUAUAACACAAGGAGAUCAUGUGGGAAAGGGUGUGAUUGUCUCUUGGGUUACUCCAGAUGAACCCGGUUCAAGUACAGUGCUUUACUGGGCCGAAAACAGCCAGCUCAAAAGCCGGGCCGAUGGCUUUGUUCUUACCUACAAGUACUUCAGUUACACCUCUGGUUAUAUUCAUCACUGCACCAUCAAUAAUUUGGAGUUUGACACCAAAUAUUACUAUGAGGUCGGGAUUGGGAAUACCACGCGACAGUUCUGGUUUACAACUCCUCCUAAAGUUGGCCCAGAUGUUCCUUAUACUUUCGGCCUGAUAGGAGAUCUUGGUCAAACUCAUGAUUCAAAUAGGACACUUACGCAUUAUGAGUUAAACCCAACAAAAGGCCAGGCGGUAUUGUUUGUUGGAGACCUCUCUUAUGCAGAUGACUAUCCAUUUCAUGACAACAACAGGUGGGAUACAUGGGGAAGGUUCUUAGAGAGAAAUGCUGCUUAUCAACCUUGGAUAUGGACAGCAGGGAAUCAUGAGAUCGAUUUUGCUCCUAAUAUUGGUGAAACUAGACCAUUUAAGCCUUAUACAAAUCGUUAUCAUGUACCAUAUAAAGCAUCAGAUAGUACAUCUCCUUUUUGGUACUCCAUCAAGAGAGCUUCAACAUAUAUCAUUGUCAUGUCCUCCUACUCAGCUUUCGGGAAAUACACUCCUCAAUACAAAUGGCUUGAGAAGGAACUGCCAAAAGUGAACAGGACGGAGACACCAUGGCUCAUCGUUCUUAUGCAUUCUCCCCUGUAUAAUAGUUAUGUACAUCAUUAUAUGGAAGGGGAAACCAUGAGAGUGAUUUAUGAAAAAUGGUUUGUGGAGUAUAAAGUUGAUGUUGUAUUUGCUGGUCAUGUCCAUGCCUACGAACGAUCUGAACGUGUAUCAAAUAUUGCAUACAAUAUCGUAAAUGGCUUGUGCACUCCCAUUAGUGACCAAUCUGCACCAGUUUACAUAACCAUCGGAGAUGGAGGAAAUUUUGAAGGAUUGGCGACUGAAAUGACAGAGCCCCAGCCAAGCUACUCUGCUUACCGCGAAGCCAGCUUUGGUCAUGGGAUUUUAGAUAUAAAGAACAGGACUCAUGCUUAUUUUGGUUGGAAUCGUAAUCAAGAUGGCUAUGCUGUAGAAGCUGAUUCUACAUGGUUGCUAAACAGAUACUGGAACCCCUCAGAAAGAUCGUUUCUUGCUGCACAAUGAUAGGAGUCAUUCUCUGGCCUGUAAGAAGUUAUUCAAACCAUGUAAACUGCCCAACUCUCCUCUUUCAUGGUUUAUGCAAUCUAUUUGCUUUGAUGUCUAGUUUCACUAAAGGAGGGGUGUAGAACUAUUUGAAUAAUAUCCAAAAUUUUGCAGGUUAAGUUAGAGUUUAUUGUAAAUAAUUGUAAUAUUGCUUGGAUUAUGUGUCAAAUAUUGUAGGCACAAUUUGAUAAAUAUGGAUUCAAAUAAAACCAAUCAAGUCUGUAAAAUUUGCAGUGAA